AUGUUUAAGGCAGCAAUAGUUCUUGCCCAUCAAUAUAAUAUAACUUUCAGAGGAGAAUUCAUCGGAUGGCAAGCAGGGCAAUCUACUGGUGAUGGGAUAGAUGCUGUGAAUAUUGCUUGUGACGCAUUGUCUACUUCAAAUGUUGUUGGUAUCGUUGGUCCAUAUUUAUCAACUGAAGUUCAGACGAUUGGUCCUUUUGCUAAAAAAAUUGGUAUACCUGUUAUAUCAUAUUCUGCAACUGAUCCUGAUCUUUCCAAUCGAAAAAUUUAUCCAAAUUUUUAUCGUACAGUUCCAUCAGAUGAUAUAGCCGCAGCAGCUCUUGUGAAACUAUUCAUUCGAUUUAAUUGGACAUCAUGUACAAUAAUUUACCAAAAUGAUAGGUUUGGACUUGGUGGAGUCAGAAGUAUAAGUAACUCAUUUAAUGCAAGUGGCUUAACAGUUAAACGAACAGUUGAAUUUGACAUUGCUACACUAAGUAUUCGUGGUGAUUUGAAAGGUCUGUUAACUAAUGUUGCAACACGAGUUGUUGUUUUAUGGGCUAUAGCAGCUUAUACACCUUUAAUUUUGCAAGAAGCUCUAAAUUCUAAUGUAGUUGGUCCAUAUUUUACAUGGAUACUAAGCGCUACUAUUCCAUUAAAUUAUUUCAAUAAAACAUACCAUGAAAACUUAACUGGAAUACUUUCAAUUGAACCAGUUACAGGAUCAAUUAUCAAGGCAACCAUUAAUACAACAUUGUUAGAUGCAGCAUAUAGUAUAUGGCAAAAAUAUGAACCUGAAUCAUUUCCUGGAUCAAUGAAUGUAGAUUUUCAUGCAUUAUUUACAUUUGAUGCAACAUGGACAUUAAUUCAAUCAUUACAAAAAUUUUGUGCAUCACAAAUAAAUAAUUCUUCUUCAUGUUUAUCAUUUGUUGGAUCAUCAUAUUGUUUUAAUCGUCGAUUCAUUCAAUCUAAUGAAUUGUUAGAUGCAGUUACUGGAACAGAAUUUCUUGGUGUAUCUGGUCCUGUACGAUUUAGUUAUAAUGUAACAAAUCGCAUAACUGGUUUGUAUUAUUCUGCAAAAAAUGCUCAACCUUCUUCGAAUGGUUUGAAUUUUGUUCAUGUAUUAGAUUAUUCUUAUCCUGAUGAUUGGCGAAUACCUGCUCAAGAAAACAUUAUAGUAUGGCCAGGUAAUUCAUUAACAAAGCCCACUGAUCAAGCAAUUCUUAGGGGUGUAAAUUUACGAAUAGGCAUUACUGAGUCAAUUCCGUUUGUAAUAGUUGACAAUGUAACAGAUGCAUCUGGACAAACUAUAAUACAGUAUAGUGGCUAUGUACCAGAUCUUAUUGAUAUUUUACAAAGUAAAUUAGGAUUUAUUCCAAUUGUUCAAUUAGCACCAUCAAAUAUGACAUAUAAUGGAUUAAUUCAAGCAGUAAAAGACGGUAUUUAUGAUAUAGUGAUAGCUGAUAUAACUGUUACCGCUGCUCGAAGAGAGUUAGUAAGUUUUUCUAAUCCUAUAAUUGAUAAUUCUUUAUGUAUUAUAAUGCGACAAACACCUUAUAUUAGUAUAACAAUUCUAAUAAUAAGACGAGCAACAUAUAACAAUAUCUAA